UUUUUUUUUUAAGUUUAUUACUUAGCUGUUUCCGCGAAAGUGGACUCGGCUAUUAUAUAUCGUGGCUAGAUCUAGUGCUGUCUUUUUCCACAAAUAGGCUAAUCAAAAUGGAAAGGAGGAGAGAAAAUGAAGUUACACUACUUAGACUAAGACUUAGACUAGAUCUACAGUCUACAGUGUCAGUAGCCUAGGCCUAGUUAACAGCUCAAGAACUGUUUCUGUGCUGCCAGUAUGGAGGGCGCAAGCACAGAAGGGAUGUCUGCUCAAGCGCAGCAAAUCUGGGGCAUGUUAGAUGACAUGGCUCAGAACAAUCCAGCAGCCUACAGAAAUUUUAUUCAAAAGCAGUUGAAAGAUGGGAAGGAAUACAUGGCUCCUCCGGAACCUCAUAUGUGUGUACAUGUUCUUUUAUUGACAAAGCCGAGCGCACCAUUGUUCAUCAAUUUUUGUGCAUGGAAAAGAAUCCCUGAACCCAAAUCCUCACAAGACCCUGUUCCUGUGACAGGGACCACUCUAUCACAAGAAAAAGAUAAGAAAGGAUCCUUCUCCCUAGCCUCAGUGGCAUUUCAUCCCAGAGUGUUGGAGGAAUACGGACGAAAUGCCAAGAAUCCUGCGGAUGGUGAUACGCUUAUCCAGCUGGCCCUUGACUAUAUUGAGGCUGAACAAAAGGUGAAAGUUGCAAGGACCUACACCAUUCUACCUGAAGACACUCCCUACAAGGGUGACUUAGAAUUUGUGCAGCUCAGCUUGUCAAAGCGGUUACGCAAACAGGACGACCAGUUUGAUCAUGACAUGAGUGAGUUGGAAAAAACAUUUGGCCCCAUGGCUGAAGGAGAGAAAGAUACUCUUAUGGCAAAGCUGUCGAAUCUUACUGUUUCAGAAAAUAAGAAGCACAAUGGAAAUGUUAACUCAAACAGAGAAGCGAAUGGUUUUCCAUCGAUUCAGAUUACAAAUACGCCAAAGCAGCCCUCUAAAAAAGGCCUUAUUGAAGAGAUAGGGGGCAGCAGCUACAGUGCAGAAAAUGGAAAGAAGUACCCGACACCAAAGUACAACUUGGAACCUUGUGAGCUGGACACUGGCCGCUGCCUGGAGCUGAGGGUGGAGCUGCCCGGUGUGAUGUCUGUCGCCGAGUGUGAGCUGGAUAUCUCUGAGGAUGACGUUCAGCUCAUUGUGCCAGACCAAUAUGAGCUCAAGGUCAAACUGCCCAGUUGUAUCGAUGACGAUGCAGCACAGGCGAAAUUCCGCAAGAAGACGUCAGUGUUAACAGUGAUUAUGCCGGUAAAAACGUGACCCAGGACAAUGAUAGAAUUUAUAGUUAUCAUGUCUGUGAUUUAGUACCCAGUGCUCAGUGAGGGAUUAGUUCUCUGAUUCAAACUGAUCGCCCGACUCACGGCCUUGAAAACAAAUGCGUUUGUUUUUGAGGAUCACUGCCGACUUCGUUCGGUUUGCACCACGAUGGUCUCUUUUUGCCCUCAAUCUGGCUAGCCCCGCCUACCAAACUGAACUGAUCUUGCCAAUGGGCACUGGGUAUAAGAGAGAAUGUGAUUUUGUCAGACUGUGAACCAAGAGUGUCUUGAAAAUAAUGAGAGUGUUAUACAGUGCUGUUCUGUUUGGAGAAAUGGACGAUUAAAAUUUCAUGCUUUUAUAUCGAAA